GUGUUAUAUGUUGAUUUCCCCCAGGUAGAUCCAGUCUGUCAAUCGUCUGUAAGCAGCUGCACACUCACGGGCCCGAGCCCAUGCUUAACGCGGACUUAGCCAGUGCCUCGGCGGACCCUUGCGAGCUGCAGACCCUGGCAGCCUGGCCUGAGGGGAAAUUUUUGGCGGGUAGCCUUGAAGCAGCCCAACUACCCGCCGGCACCUUCAAGAACACUCUAGAUCCCAAACAGUUCUCACUUUUGCCAUGGGGAAAUCUUCAAAGGACAAGCGAGAUGCUUACUACAGGCUCGCCAAGGAGCAAGGCUGGCGAGCUCGAAGUGCAUUCAAGCUGCUCCAGCUCGAUGAAGAAUUCAAUCUGUUCGAGGACGUGACCCGGGUGGUGGAUCUCUGCGCAGCACCAGGUAGCUGGUCGCAGGUCCUGUCUCGGGUGCUCAUCAAGGGCGAGAAGUUUGGCCGCUCAGCAUGGCAGGACAAGGAGGCCCAGCUGCGGCAGCAGAUGUUGCGUGUCUUUGCCCCGGAUGCAGCAGUGCCCGUCGACGUCAACCAGGGUGCCGAAGAACUUAAGCCGCGCAAAGACGUCAAAAUCGUCUCCAUAGACCUGCAGCCCAUAAGCCCGCUGCCAGGAAUCGUCACCCUCCGCGCCGACAUCACCCACCCAGCGACCGUCCCUCUGCUCCUAAAAGCCCUGGACCCCGAGUACGACGCCAGAAAGAGGAGCCAGCAGGCCUCUCACCCUGUGGACCUGGUCCUGAGCGACGGCGCGCCCGACGUGACCGGCCUGCAUGAUCUGGACAUCUACGUCCAGUCGCAGCUACUGUUCGCAGCCCUCAACCUGGCCCUGUGCGUCCUGAAACCAGGCGGAAAAUUCGUGGCCAAGAUCUUCCGCGGCAGGAACGUCGACGUGCUGUACGCCCAGCUAAAGCUGUUUUUCGAGCGAGUCGUUGUGGCCAAGCCCCGCUCCUCGAGAGCCAGCAGCAUUGAGGCCUUCAUCGUCUGCCUCAACUUCCAGCCUCCACCGGGAUUCAUAGCAAGCCUAGACGAGCCGCUGGGUGUUGGACACAAGCUGCCGCAGAUGAUCAGGGAGAGGACCGACAGCCUGCCCAUCAUUGCAAAGACGACGAUGCAGAACCCGGCUACGGGUGCUUGGGACGUGGCCCCAGAGCCUAGCUCCAAUGUCCGGCCAGAUGGCGUGGUUGAAGUCGAGAUUGAUGAUCAGACAUAUGGCGAAACGCAGGACGUACGAUGGAUUGCACCCUUCAUCGCAUGCGGGGAUCUCUCUGCCUUUGACUCUGAUGCGUCGUAUCAGUUGCCCGAGGGUCACGUUACUCUGGAUCCGAUUCAGCCCCCUACGGCGCCACCCUACAAGCGAGCUAUCGAGAUGAGGAGGGCAGCCGGCGGGGCAUAUGGCAAGACAGUGAAGUGUUGAUUACAAUCUAAUAACAAUUCCCGGCUCCCGACACCAAUACCUCUAAAUCUAUCAAGUCCAGCACCCAGCAGCAUCUGAGGGCCUGGUAGGCUCCCCCUCUACAUGCAGCGAACAACCGGCGUCAUGGACAUACAGCGAGGUAUUCAGUGACUAGAGGCCGGGCCGUUCUUCUCCAAAAGCUUCAAGUUGGGGUUUUUGUUGGUUGCGAAGAAAUCAUGAGCGUCAAAAAUUUUGGCGUACAGCUUCUCACUCUCGGGGCUGCUCGCGAGGAUCCACAGAGCUCUCAGCUCCGGCCAACCCUCCACGAUCUCGUUCAUGCACUUCAUCAGGAACGUACCCAAGCCCUUCUGCUGAUGCUCCGCGAGGACAUACACGUCCGUCAGGUACCCGAACGUGACGCGGUCCGUGAUGAGCCUUGCUGCUCCGAUCAUUGUGCGUUUCUGGUCUACCGGUCGGCAACGUCAGUCCCGGCCAUCCCACCAGACGCGGUACAGGCUACCAUACCUUUAAUAGGCUGCCCCGAAUUC